CUAUGAAAUACAUUUUCCCGCUUUAUAUCUUCGUAAUAAUAAAUAUUUUGUAAACAUUGAGUUAAUAAAUUACACACGAUAUAAUGGAAGAAACAAAAACGAGAUCUCUAGAAAAUAUUCAUGAAGUAUUAUCACUAGCAAAGUUGAACAUCGAAGAUAUGAAACAAGAAUCUCAAGCUUUAUUUUUAUCGGAUAAUUUAUACACUCAAAAUUACAAACUCCUGGAGUUAGAUCCCCUUUUGCUGAAUGAAAUAUCAGAAGGCUCGACGUUGCACUUCAAAGGCGAAGGCAACGAAGAAGUGGUUAUUUGCUCCGAUUCCGCCACCUUCAGGGUAAACAGAGCCGAGAAUUCUAAUAGCAUGUUAUUAACGAACAACUUGAAAUUCCAUAACGAUUUAGACGAUUCGAAAAGCGCUGUCAGUUCAGUGGUAAUUCAUGGCAUAUUCCACGAUUACUUGGAAACUUCAAUAGGCAAGCCACACUUGCAGAAAAUUAACGAUAUUUUGAAACCUAGUUUGUACAAAGGACCCGAACAAGAAUAUGAAGUAAAUCAAGAGAGUUUGCUGAGCUCUGAGGAAUUAUGCAGUAAAAUACGGGCUUCCCGUAAAGAGAUUUCGCAAGCUUUAGACUCGAUGCCUAUCAUAGAAAUCGACAAUAAAAUAAGACUCCUAGAUAUAGAUUACCAUUAUCGCGUACUAAAUUACAUGUUGAAUUUAAUGGAAGAAAACUCUUGGGAACCGGAUGAAGUCGAUUUCAAAGAAACAAUCGAUACUCUACAAGAUUUAGUGCCCAAAGAUAUACUAUGUAAAUUAUUCGAGAAAUACACCGAGGAAUCGAAGGAAAUCGACGGGACGAUUUUGUACAAAUACAAAGACUGGGAGGUCUGUAAAUUUUACGCCGAGUUCCUGUUGCAUCAAACCGAUAAAUUCCAUCUGGAGGAAUUUCUCCAAGCUUGGCACAAAUCCGUACCGGAAGGGAUGGUACCGGACGAGAGCAUGCUCAACGGCAUAGCUAUUAUCGACAGAAAAUCUACUCCUAACGUCAUUUGGGCGUUCAAAGACUCCGAUUUGCCGGAGAACAUCGACGAAAGGUUUAUGAUUCUGUUCGAAACCAAAGAAAAGUGGACCGUGCCUGAGAUAACUCCUUAUAUAAAGCCACUGGCUACGCACAAACUAGACGUUAAUGCUCUAUUGGCCAAGCAUGCUAGAGGUUCAAUGGAAAAUAACGUUAAAUACUAUUCCUCGAAGCACGGAAAGUGAUAUCUAUAAUUAAUUCACGAAGGCAGUAUAAUUGCAAUUUAU